AUGGAUCCUGGAGCAAAUGAUUAUCCAAGUGGAAACGUGAAUACAAAUGUACGGAAUAAUUCUUUCCGUAUUUCUCCUGGAAAUCCAUUAGAUAAUUCAAUGAAUAUUAGUGGGCCUUCAUCUGUUGGUUACGCAAAUAACGCUGGUCACGACAAAGAGGGUUUUGUAUGCCUAAAUCGUACUCAAACGGAUUACGUCCAAAAUCAUCAAUACAUCCAGAGUGUCCAUAAUGAUAUCAGUAACAAUAGUCAUUAUUGCGGCAACUUCAAUGAGUUCUCUCAGAGUGGUUCUCGGAAACACCCUUUGUCUGGUGUCGUCCGAACCAGAAGACGAAAAGCUGGAAUAAGUGAGGAAGAACGUGUUUGUAUUGUAUGUAGUGAACCAGCAUCUGGCUAUAAUUUUGAUCGUUUGACUUGCGAAAGUUGCAAGGCGUUUUUUCGCAGAAACGCACUCAAGCCUAGGGAUAAAAUAAAAGCUUGUAAUCGAGGUGGGGGGUGUGCUAUUGAAGGCAAUCAACGUAAACACUGCCCUUCGUGCAGGCUUGAAAAAUGUUUGGCUGUUGGGAUGAAAAGAGAGUUGAUACUACCACCUGAAAAACUUGAACAACGAGCUAAACCUCGACGCCGCAAGCACCAUUCUCCUCAGGAUAGCAGUUCCUCACCUCAGAAUUUGUUAACUGGACCUUCUUCAGUUGGCAGUAGUAACACAAAUGCUUAUCCUCCCUAUUUACCAUCUCCUUUAACUACAUCAUCUCACCCACAACAUGGAUCUAGUCAAACAUCUUACAAUUCUUCAUUCAUUUCUGGAGCUAGCAGACCACUACAUCUGAUAAAUCCUGUCAAAUUUUCUAGUUAUGUGAAUUCAAGUCAUUGCAGUGACUUAUCAUUAACUACGGAUACAUUUAAUUCCUCUGGUACUUUAGAAACCAAAGAAUGUAACUUCCCAAAUAGUUCAAUAAAAAUCCCUGUAAUUGGAAAAUCCGAUGAAUUAUUUAUGCCACCUGUAAAUCAAGAUCAAAAUCUGAAUGAGAAAUUUUUAUCUCUUGAAUCAUCUCAACAGUCAGAUAGUUGUUGUAAAGCACGUCAUAGGUUGUGUCUCACACAGUGUCGCAAGUCUAGUGGUCGCACUUUUUGUCAACACCGCAGUUGUCGACUUCGUUCUCGGAAACGUCGACUACGACGACGACGUACUUUGUCUGGGUCUAAAUGUUUUCGUUCUCCUCUUAUGCAUAUAACUUCACCGGAUCCUCACCUAUUAAGUUGUUUGCAAGGUUGUGUUCAUCGUAUCCGAGAACCAUUUACCCCGGAUGAACAACUCGAAACUGGUAUUGCUGUCACAUUGGAACAAGAGUAUAAUCGAAUGGAUGCAUGCAUUCGGAGGAUAAUACGGGUUGUUAAACAGUUGCCUUAUUUUAGUGAAGUUGGUAAACCUGCUCAACUAAGUUUGUUAAGAACAAACAUUUACGGAUUGAUUGUACUAUAUUCGUCUUUUUUCUUCGAACGUGAUAUUCGAAAAUUAAGAUAUCCUGUAUUACAAACUGAUGGUCAGUUAACCACCGUAACAGUUUCAAUGCUGGAUGAAGUAGCCACUCCUAGCACCUCUUUGAAUGAUCCAGACAAUGUGAUCUCUGGAUCAUGUUCUAAAUUGCUUCAAAGUAAUAGUUUCCGAUCAUUUUCACGUUGUCGUUCUAACCAAGCAAACUAUGCUAUGGGUUUACGUGAAGAAUUUGAAUUGUAUAAAUCGAAUACCGUCGCUGCUUUUGAUCAUUUAGAUGAGUUAGUUGGUUCAGAUGAUAUUCUUCGAAUGUCUGUUUUAGCCAUCAAACUAUUCUCUGAUAAUUCUCUUUCUGAAGAUCUACGUCCUCCUGUGUUUGCCGCUAGACAGGCCUAUACUUUAUUUCUUUGGAAUUAUAUUCGUUGGCAAGCAGGCUCUAAACGUGUGCGGUCUGCCACCGAACUUUACGCCCGUAUCUUAAUAGCUUUUAUUGAUUUACGAACCCUGGAAAUUCGUAUGACAGAAUUCGCUAAACUACUCAGUUUAGAUGGCCUCAGUCCAUUAAUGCGUGAGGUUUGUAGUCAACGAAGCAAUUUAGGAUCAACUUCCGCAUAA